CCCUAAGAAUGUGGUUCAGACCAUGGGGAUGAGCAGCUGAAAUCUCCGGGGAUCAGCAGGACAAUGCCAGAGCAAGCAUUGUGCUGACGGCUCUGCAAAUGCUGGCACCGGUUCCCGGCCAGCAGUACCCUAUAAAAGCUGAGCCGCUGAAGUAGGCAAACAUUACAUGGGCGAAGCAGCAGUACCCGCCUGAGCUAGACACCGAUCCAGCAGCAAAGAUGGCUCAGACAAACCCUCUGCCUGUUCCCAUGGGCCCGUGGAAGAUCACCGUGUACGACCAAGAAAACUUCCAGGGCAAGAGGAUGGAGUUCACUUCGGCCUGUCCGAACAUCAUGGAAUGUGGCUUCGACAACAUCCGCUCCCUGAAGGUGGAAUGUGGCGCCUGGGUCGGUUACGAGCACACCGGCUUCUGCGGGCAGCAGUUCAUCCUGGAGAGGGGCGAGUACCCACGCUGGGACGCCUGGAGCGGCAGCAACGCCUACCACAUCGAGCGCCUGAUGUCCUUCCGCCCCGUCUGCUCCGCUAAUCACAAGGAAUCCAAGAUCACCAUUUUUGAGAAAGACAACUUCAUCGGCCGCCAGUGGGAGAUUGCUGACGACUACCCCUCGCUGCAGGCCAUGGGCUGGGCCAACAACGAAGUGGGCUCCAUGAAGAUCCAGUGUGGCGCCUGGGUGUGCUACCAAUAUCCCGGCUACCGUGGCUACCAGUACGUCCUGGAGUUUGACCACCACGGUGGAGACUACAAGCACUGGAGAGAGUGGGGCUCACACGCCCAGACCUCCCAGAUCCAAUCCAUCAGGCGUGUCCAGCAGUAGCUCCCCACUUCCCAGUACAUCUCUGCAAGGUUUCCAAAGCUCACCGGCUCCCUCUUGGUGCUAAUACUCCCCUCCCAAAAUAACCACCCCCUCUCGUACUGCCACUGCUUAUGGAACAACACUCCCAAAACGGUACCGACCGCCACAACUGCCAAUAAAUGUGACUGAAAGAAAAAGAUAAA